AUGGAGAAUGUCACUGAAGUUACCAUAUUUGUACUGAAGGGCUUCACAGACAAUGUUGAACUUCAGACUACCUUUUGCUUCUUGUUCCUAGCAAUUUACCUCUUUACUCUCCUGGGAAAUUUAGGACUGAUUGUACUGGUCAUUGGGGAUUCCAGGCUUCACACCCCCAUGUACUAUUUUCUGAGUGUAUUGUCUUCCGUGGAUGCCUGCUAUUCCUCAGUUAUUACACCAAAUAUGUUAGUAGAAUUCAAGUCAAAGGAUAAAGUCAUUUCACUCCCUGGAUGUGCAGCACAGAUAUUUCUUGAUACUUUUGGAACCACGGAAUGCUUUCUCUUGGCUGCAAUGGCUUAUGAUCGCUAUGUAGCUGUCUACAACCCACUUCUGUAUUCAGUGAGCAUAUCACCCAGAGUCUACGUGCCACUCAUCGUUGCUUCUUAUGUCGGUGGCAUUUUACAUGCUACUAUACACACAGUGGCCACAUUCAGACUGUCCUUCUGUGGAUCCAAUGAAAUUAGACACAUCUUCUGUGAUAUCCCUCCUCUCCUUGCUAUUUCUUGUUCUGACACUCACACAAACCAGCUGCUACUCUUCUACUUUGUGGGCUGUAUUGAGGUGGUCACUAUCCUGAUUGUCCUGAUCUCCUACUGUUUUAUUCUUUUGGCUGUUUUCAAAAUGGAUUCUGCUAAAGGUAGGCAAAAAGUGUUCUCUACAUGUGGCUCUCACCUAACUGGA